AUGUCCCUUCAGAUGCUGAGAAGCCGGGUUGCACUUGCCCGACCUACCCUCGUGCGACCCUCAGUUGGUCAGAUGACCAAGCGAUUCGCCGGAACCGCCCCCGUUCCCCUCACUUGGGAGCGAUUCCUGCUUCUGCGAACCCGAAGACGACAGAUCAACUUUGUGGCCUCCAUUUUCACCGGUGUGGCCACCUCUGUUCUUGCAUGGGGUUUCAUUUCCGAGGCCGAGCUGGAUCUCGAGCAGCAGGACGUCUUCUUCGGUCUGGAUGCCUUCACCGCGGCUGGAUUGGGUGUGGUGGCAGCUGGAUUUAUGGGCUCUCUCCUGGGCCCCACCAUCGGCCAGCUCAUCUUCAAGGCCACCAACUCCAAGCAGUGGCCCGCCUUCCUCAUGAAGGAGACCGACUUCCUGUCGCACAUCCAGAAAAACCGAGUGAACCCUCGAUACCAGUCCGUCUCCAACCCCGUGCCCGACUACUACGGCGAGAAGAUCGGCUCUCUCAAGGACUACCGACGAUGGCUGCGUGACUGCGCCAAGUACAACCGUGCCCGAGAGGUCUAA